UGUAUCUGGCAGAGUUUGGCUAUCUCCUUAUGCAGAGCUGAAACAAUCACAGAUUUGGGCAAGUAUAUCUGACAGCUGCAGGAGAGGUCCCAGGUCCUAAUCCAGGAUGUUGUGACCACCCUUUUCCCUGCCAUAUUAGGCAUGACACUAUCUUUCUAUCCAGCUUUUUUCCAUCCACUCCCCUCUUUGCUAAAGCCAUCUUGAGCAGUCUCCUCUGUUUGCUAAGGCUACCCUGCCCAGCCAACCCUGCUCAGACUCCCCUCUUCACCAAAGCCACCCUGCUCAGCCUCUUCUCUUUGCUAAGACAACUCUGCCCAGUCUCCCCUCUUUGCUGAGGCCACCCUGCCCUGCCUGCCCAUACUCCCCCUUUAGCCAAGGCCACCCUGCCCAGCCUUGCCUCUUUGCUGAGAUGACUCUGCCCAGCCUCCCCACUUUGCUCAGGAGGGGGACGCAUGCGCUAGGUGGAUCACACCAAAACAAGGUAAAUAUUUAAUCAGCAUAUAUCCUGGAUAACAACAUGGGAUUUCCAGUUCAUUUCUCUUUAUCGGUCACGGGCCGGUGCAUGAUGGACUACAGAAACAUGUCUGACUUGGAGAAGAAUACUACAUGGCUGUAUGGCAUCAUCACUCUGUGAAUGAAGGAGCAUAAUGGACACUUUAAACCCCCCCGACUUCAAUCAGAACGAACUUCUGUGCUAUGAGUCCAUCAACGGAUCUUGCUGGAGGAUUUCCCGACCACCGUACGUCCAAAUCUCCAUGUUUUUCUGCAUGGCAAUUACCAUCAUGAUGACUGUGAUUGGAAACAUAUUCGUUAUCAUUUCAAUUGCACACUUCAAGCAGCUUCACACACCAACCAACCACUUAAUCCUCUCCCUGGCCAUGUGUGACUUUCUGCUAGGUAUUUUUGUGAUGCCUUUAAGCUCCAUGAGAUCAGUGUACAGCUGCUGGUUUCUCUCGGACUUUAUGUGUAAGGUACACACAGGAAUGGACAUCAUGUUGAGCACUGCGUCUAUUUUCCACCUCACGUGUGUGUCAGCAGAGCGGUUUUGUGCCGUGUGCAGCCCGUUGACGUAUCGUUCACGUUUCCGUUCUGCCACGGUGCUGCUUCUGGUCUCAGCGAGCUGGGUCUUUUCUGCAGCAUUCGCCUAUGCCAUGGUGUUUGGAGAACUCAACCUUAAAGGCAGUGAAGAUUUUUACGAGUCCAACAUGCGCUGUGUGGGGGGCUGUCAUGUCUUUUUCAGCCACGGCUCAGCCGUGGUCACCUCCAUGGUCUCGUUUUUCAUCCCUGGCUUAAUCAUUUUUGCGAUCUAUUCCAGGAUUUAUAUCGUUGCAAGAAGCCAAGCAAGAUCCAUCAACAUUUUGGCCAAUCAGCUCAGAAUGCACAGUCCCAAACCUGGAGUGUUCAGGUACCGAACGAGGAAAGGUACAAUGACUCUUGCCAUCGUGGUCGGAGUUUUCCUCAUCUGUUGGACUCCAUUUUUCCUCUGCAACAUCAUUGAUCCAUUUGUUGAUUACACCAUCUCACCAGUUUUAAUUGAUGCUCUGGUUUGGUUUGGAUAUUUGAACUCUGCACUGAAUCCCUUCAUUUAUGCAUUUUUGUACCCCUGGUUUAGAAAGGCUUUAAAGAUCAUUGUCAGUGGAAAGGUGUUUCAAAGGAACAGCUGCAGAUUUCAGCUGUACUCGUGAUUAAAACACCAAGACUUUUGGGAGAAAAAAACGAUUCUGUAUGUGCUUCUCCACUGAUACUGCCUUGUGCAUUUUAUUCCUUCUUCUUCUUUUUACCACAGAGAACACUGGUUCUGUUUAUUCAUUAGGAAACCAUGGUGUCAGGACAUGUGGCAUGUAUGCACUGUUACAUGCUAAAAAGUUCAGUUCAGUUGCUGGUGUAAAAACAUUUGGUUCAAAUCAAAGCUCCAAACUACUUGAAAAAUAAAUAACUAGAAAUAAAUGGAGCAAAAGUGAUGGAGAAUCUGUACCUAUGUAUGUAAUCAUCCUUUUGUAAAUGAGAUCUCUGUUACCAGGUGUUUUAUUUUUUGAUUAGUCCAAUAGUUGGAUAUAUUUUAGAUAAUCAUGAAGUGAAUAAUGUUUUUAUUAUAUAGUGUAUUUAUUUUCAGUACAUUUCCAUAAAACUGUAUGAAUACUUUUACAUGGUUGAAGUUCAUGGAUAAAGAAACAGUGCAA